AUCUGAAACAGAGGAAAAAAAAAAUAGAGGGACCAUCCCAAUCCAUCCGGACGCUAGGCAGAAUGGAAAGAAAGAGAUGAAUGCUUCUGUUGCUGCUGCAGCUGUCUCUUCUUCCUCUGCCUCUGUUCUUGCUCUUUUCUCCACCUUUACUUCGUCCUCUCCUACAACCAAAUGCUGUCAUCACCUCAUCUUCCACUGCUCCAAGAAGCCCCCUACCAAUGCAUCCUUUCCGCAACAUCGACCCAACAAAUUCCUCAGCCGAGUCAUAAAUGACUCAAAUCAAACAGAAGUGUCAGUCUCUGAAAGAUCAGAGGCUGACAAGCUCGUGGACGGCAUGGAUUUUGGUGAGCUCUGCAAUGAAUUUGAAUGCAUCAGUAGCCCCUCUGUUGAAGCCACCGCCAGACAACUCGUGCGUGAUAUCCUAGUGCUUCGUCAAGGAAAUCGUGCCCUCGGGACCUUUGCUGCUUCUGUUAAAUAUAAGGAUCCAUUCAGAAGUUUUACUGGUCGAGAAAAGUACAAGAGACCGCUAUGGGCAAUUCAAGCGCUAGAGGACCCCAAAGUGAGUGUGCAGGAAAUGGUCAUGCUGUCCACCAGUUUGUUGAGCAUAAAAUGGACGCUGAGGGGGAAGCCUAAAUCUCUAAUUGGAGAAGAACUGAUUGUUAAAGUACACUCCAAAUUCACCUUGAACCAAAUUAGUGGGCAAGUGAUUGAGCAUGAAGAAUUAUGGGAUUUAUCAGCAUCUUCAUUCCUUGCUCAAGCGUAUUUCUGGGCUUCGCGGAGACUCCAUGCUACUUCAGAGGCUGGAAAAGAUGUCAUAGAUUUUGUCGAGGACUUCAACAGACGACGCAUAACAGAGAACAAGAAUGUUGAGAUGUAUCCAGACCCUUCUGGUGAUCCAACGAAAUUCUUCCAGAGGGAUGACAGCUUCCAAAGAGAUGCCUAUCAAUUUGCAUUGUUUCUUGCCGUUCUCUAUUUCGUUGUACAGUUCCUGAGAACAACCUUGUAAAACUAGCUUAUGUGCUCGUUCACAGCUUGGAGUUAAAAAGAAGAACCAGGCAACUGCAGUGCUUCUGCAAGAUCCAGCAUGCACAUAGACACAGACAAGAUGCUAUCAGAAUAUCCUACAAUCUAUCUUAUAACCGGAAGAAAUGAGCGACAAACUUUUUUUCAAGUAAAGCGAACGUUUACUUCCCUCAUAUAAUUACGAGCAAUAGCCAAUAGAUAUGCCCAGUUUGUGAUCCCAGCAUCAGAAGACAAAGAAAUGAUAAAGCUACAAUUUUGUGUAUGGUAA